AUGCAAAUACAUGUAUGGUCAAUUUGUUAUCCAGAUGUGGCCACAUCCCGUCGUCCGGAGCCGUACUACGGUCGUUUGAUAGGUCGGCUAACGCAGUAUGCGCACGGCAUACGCGGCACCGUGUACGCGGUCGACGAGAGUACGGUGUUCGUGCGAGGGUUCGCGUACGACGGCACCGGACCCGACGCAUACUUCUGGGUCGGAGACACACCACAACCAUCACCGGAAGGGAUCUUAGUGCCCUAUCCUGAAGACUAUACCACUAGGGACCCCCCCAUUCUGACUGCACACUCCAACUCGGACAUUCUCCUGAGGCUGCCCGGUGGCAAACGGCUGAGAGACAUAAAGUGGAUCAGCGUGUGGUGCCGACGGUUCACCGUAAACUUUGGUGAUGUAUUUAUACCACAAGGCCUGGACCCGCCCAGGCCCCGUGUGCUACCAGAGUUCAAGCGUCUGGCGCACGGCCUGAGGUCCGGCAACAUCAGCGUGCUGGACGCUAAGACCUUCUACAUACCGAACCUACAUUACGAUGGAGCUGGACCUGACGCUUACUUCUGGGUCGGCAACGGGACCGAGCCGAGCUCAUUCGGGACUAAGGUGCCAAACGAGAUGGGUUCGUUGAAUCCCCUGCGCGGGUACCAGGGCGAGGACAUAGAGAUCCAGCUGCCGGGCAAGCUGACCGCGUACGACAUCGAGUGGCUGGCGGUGUGGUGCGUGGAGUACCGGCACAACUUCGGCCACGUGCACAUCCCGCGCGACCUCGACGUGCCGCCCGCGCUCGGCCAGACCAAGAUCACCACGAGUUCUACGACAUCCCAGACCCCGUAUAGCGCUAAUAAUAAUUGUAAAGAGAUAUUAGACAAAAGAUUGCAGGUGCGGUGGGAGAUACAGGGUGAGCAAGUUCAAAUAACGUUAUCAGCGCGUCUCCGGAAGGAUCAAUACAUGGCGUUCGGUAUAUCCGGAGCCGAGGGUCGGCCCGCCAUGCUGGGAGCCGACGUCGCGGUGGCGUACUGGGACACUAAAUUGAACCAGCCCGCGGUGUCAGACUACUUCAUAUCUCACCUAGCGCAGUGCGACGGCCUCAAAGGCGUGUGCCCCGAUGCCAGAGUCGGUGGCUCCGACGACAUUGUGCUGGUGUCCGGCGAGCAGAAGAACGGUAUAACAAGCAUCACGUACCGCCGGCCGCUGGCCGCCCGCGAGCCGUCGCGCGACCGCGAGGUGCUGACCGCGCGGUCGCAGUCCGUGAUCGCCGCGUUCGGCCCGCUCAACUCCCGCCUCGAGGCUAACGCGCACUCCUUUAUGGAUACCACUAGAACAGACGUCCAACUCGAUUUCGGUGCAAUGAAUGACAACACGUGCAUCGGUCUGUCGACGGUGGAGACGGGCGGGCCGCGCGCGUGGGGCCCGCGCGUCAUCUCCGGUGUGACGGAGCUGACCGCGCGCAUCGGCCCCGCCGGCGGCCCGCGCGGGUACACGCCGCAGACUGGUCACCCCUCCUGGGGCAUCGCGUGGUAUAUCAACGAUCAACUGAUCCCGGAAAUAUACGUGGAGCGCGGCCACACUUAUACCUUCGUUGUAGAGGGUGGAGAUGAUAGAACUAACCCCGCCAAAUUCCAUCCAUUUUACAUAAGCGACUCGUCGGAAGGAGGGUUCGGACAGAAAAAGGAAGAAGAACAACGCAAACAACGCGUGUUUGCCGGAGUGGCCUAUGACACCGAGGGGUACCCGUACCCCACUGCUGUGGGAAGAUAUUGCGAAUGGACACAUAAGACUAUAGAUCAAGCGGCCAAUUCGGAGACAUUCGAGGCUUAUAUGAAGACUCUGCAGCUGGAGUGCAACGACGGGGAGCCCGCCAUACUCAACUGGACUGUGGCUCACGAGACCCCGGAUCUGUGCUACACCCACAACAACCUCGGCUGGAAGAUCCACGUGGUGGAGCCGGGCACGCGCGUGCCGGCGGGCGGGCUGCAGGCGGGCGGGGGCGGGGGCGGGCGCGGGGGCGGCGGCGGGGCCGCGGGGGCGGUGCUGGCCGCGCUCUCGGCGCUGGCCGCGCUGGCUGCCAGGAGAUAG